UAAAAUUCGAAACUAAUAGUUAUUUUUAUAAUAAUUUCUUCGGGUAAUAACUCCCCAACUCUCAUCCCUGAUCAGCUGAUCGUGACUCCCUGGAUAUCUCAUUCUACUCUCCUGCACUUUGUUUACGAACACCGAUCUCAAAAGGGAAUACCAACUGAUAAAGCUGAGGCAGUGUAAAGCUGAUAAGAACUCGGGAGACGGGAGACCUACAGAUGCCCGUUCCGGACAAGCGGAUGGAGACAGUUCUCACCGGAUCGUACGAGUGUUCAGAAGCACAGAUGGCGGCCACGAUUCAAAACAGCCUUAAAGUGGCACUAAGGAAGACCAUGAAGGAUGCCCUCAAGGGUCUGGAUGCGGAGGCUAUUGCCCGGCAAUCCAAGGCGGUGACAACCAAGGUGCUCCAAAGCGAAGUAUUCCGGCAGGCGCAGCGGAUUAGCAUCUACCUGAGCACUAGCAGCGAACUGGACACCACGGCGCUGCUAUGCGAGAUGUUCCGCUUGGACAAGAUGGUCUUUGUGCCCACGUAUGAGGGCUCCAAGAUGAAGAUGGUGCGGUUGCGCUGCAUGGACGAGUACGAGAACCUUCCAUUGACCAAGUGGAACAUCAAGCAGCCGGACUUCAAAGAGGCUCGUGAAGAUGCCAUGACCAACGGUCACGGCAUCGAUCUCUUCAUUAUGCCCGGCGUGGCCUUCAGCCGCUGUGGAGCUCGUCUGGGCCACGGAAUGGGUUUCUAUGAUAAGUUCUUGCGCCAACAUGCCGAGAAGUAUCCGCACAAGAAGGUCACGUUGAUGGCGCUGGCCCUUAACGAGCAGAUCGUCAACAGCGAGGAUCUGCCCAUGGAUGCGCACGACGUCCGUUUGCAGAGUAUAAUUACCGAAAAUUAACUUUUAGCUUAUUUACAAAAUACAGCAAAAAGGAAACUAAAACUAA